AUGGCAAACAAAGAGGACGACACGGUCCAGCGGGAGAUGGUCAAGGUGGUGGCGGACAUGAUGCGGUCUGCCGGCGACUCGGCGACGUCCGACUCGGAGGCUGUGGAGCUGAUGCUGGACAUUGCCCGCAAGUACAUGCUGCAGCUGUUGAACAAGGCGGUAGGCACAGCUCAGCGGAAUGGUGCAAGCAAGGUCUCGGUCGACGACGUGGUGUUUAGCACCCGUGGUGAGCCGGCUGUCCACGCCCAUGUGGCCUUCUUUCUCGACGCCAAGACCGCCAGGUCGCAGGCCGAGAAGGCUGGCCCGGGCGACGGUGAUGGCGGCGACGGGGACGGUGACAUGGCACUGGGUGACGACGAUGACGACGACGAUGAGGCUGAUGUCGGUGACGACGGCGAGAGCGAGGCUGAUGACGAUGGCGAAGACGACGACGACGAGGCCGAGGACGACGACGGCGGACACGAGUUGGUGACCGAGGAGAUGGCCCAGAAGAAGGCUGCAGCGCUCGCUGCUGCACACAAGUCGCAGCGCAAGCGCAAGCGCAACACCCAUACACUCAUGUCGUUUGUGUAUCAGCUCCCGCGGGACGCGCUCGAGUACACUGGCGUCCACCCCGACAAGAUCGAGGCGAGCAUCGACCGGGCGCUCGACAUCCGCCACCUGUACCACCGCAAGCGGCUCAAGCAAGAUGUCGAGCUGACCGAGGACCUCUCCAAGGAGGAGUACUUUGAGUUUGCCGACUCGCGCAAGCAGUCGUUCUUCCGUGGCAGCCGGGAGCGCAAGCGUAACUUCCGGACCUGGCUCGCGCUCGCACGGUUUGGUAUCAAGAUGACCGAUCCUGCGCUCGAGCUGGUGGCCCACCUCGGCCGUGAGCGGGUCCGCGACGUCACCCUCCUCGCGCUCGAUGUCAAGGCU